GUGCGUUUUUCUCUUCAGUUUUAGUUUUACCUAGCUUUGUUUGGCAAGAGUGAAAGGGGAAGAGCCUCCUAAGCAGACCCACAGAAUAAUCCCCACAGUUUAUGACCUCUGCUUUCAGCUGGAGAGGACGGAAGUGCCAUUGCUAAACUGUGAAACUCGGGCUUUCCUUUACCCUGUAAUGUUUAACUCAGAACUACACACUGAAGACUCCCUCCAGCUCCUCCCCGACCUAGACCCUGUGGCUCCCUCAGAUUACUGAGCUGUGAGUCUCCAGGUGGUGACUCAGGUGGACAGCUCUGAGAUGAAGUCCCCGUGCAGGAUCCUCAAGGUGGCUCCUGUGUUCCUACUCCUGCUCCUUCGCUUCUUGGCCUCUCCAGCCUCUGAUGACCAGUUCAACAUGGGCCACUCCAACGGCCACCGCUGUCUAGGGUGUGUGUUGGUGAUGUCUGUCAUCACACAGCUGGCUCAAGUUCACAACUCUACAGUGGAGGCCUCAAUGGAGAGGCUGUGCAGCUACUUGCCUGGAAAACUCUUCUUGAAAACCACCUGCUACUUAUUGGUUCACCUGUUUGGAUCAGACAUCAUAAAGCUGCUUGACGCAGACAUGAACGCUGAUAUGGUGUGUCACACUCUGGAGUUCUGUAAGCAGGACUCUGGCAGACCACAGUGCCAUCUCUACCCCUUGCCUAAGGAGGCAUGGAAAUUGAGACAAGAGAAGGCAAAACACACUGUCAAGAAGUCCGAGAACAUGAAAUAUCUCAAAGGUGGUUCUGAUAUUUGCUCACUCCCAUUUUUGGCCAAGAUCUGCCAGAAAAUCAAAUUAUCUAUACAAACUUCUAUGCCGUUCAAAGAUGUCGAUUCAGACAAAUACAGUGUUUUCCCAACGCUGCGGGGCUACCACUGGCGAGGGAGAGACUGUAAUGACAGCGACAAGACCGUGUACCCAGGCAGAAGGCCAGACAACUGGGAUGCCCAUCGGGACUCCAACUGCAAUGGCAUCUGGGGCAUUGAUCCCAAAGAUGGAAUUCCUUACGAGAAGAAAUUCUGUGAAGGUUCACAGCCCAGGGGAAUCAUUUUGCUGGGAGACUCAGCUGGGGCUCAUUUUCACAUCCCUCCCGAAUGGCUCAUAGCUUCGCAGAUGUCUUUGAACUCCUUCUCCGAUUUGCCAACAGCUCUUACUGAUGAGCUCGACUGGCCCCAGCUCUCAAGUGCUACAGGAUUUCUGAACUCCACCAGUGGGAUUGAAGAAAAAUCUAUUUACCUUCGUUUACGGAAAAGAAACCGCUGUAACCACAGGGAUUACCAGAACAUUUCAAGAAAUGGUGCAUCUUCCAGAAACCUGAGGAAGUUUAUAGAAAGCUUGUCUAGGAACCAGAUGUUGGACUAUCCAGCCAUCGUCAUAUAUGCCAUGAUUGGAAAUGAUGUCUGCAAUGGGAGGGCAGACCCAGUCCAGGCAAUGACCACUCCAGAGCAGCUCUACUCCAACAUCAUGCAGACCUUGAAGCACCUCGAUUCCCACCUGCCCAAGGGCAGCCACAUGGUUUUAUACGGCUUGCCGAAUGGAACCUUUCUCUGGGAGAAUUUGCACGACCGAUAUCACCCUCUUGGCCAGCUAAACAAAGACGUGACCUACGCACAGGUGUUCUCCUUCCUGAGCUGCCUGCAGGUCAACCCCUGCCAUGGCUGGAUGUCCUCCAACAAGACACUCCGGACUCUCACCUCCGAGAGAGCACAGCAACUCUCCAAUACACUGAAAACAAUCGCAGCCAGGGAGAAGUUUACAAACUUCGAUCUUUUCUACAUGGACUUUGCCUUUGAAGAAAUCACAGAAGAGUGGCAGAAACGAGGGGGACAGCCCUGGCAGCUCAUCGAGCCCGUGGAUGGAUUCCACCCCAACGAGGUGGCUUCAUUGCUGUUGACAGACAUUUUCUGGAAGAAGAUGCAGCGCCAGUGGCCCCAGGUCCUGGGAAAGGAGAAUCCAUUUAAUUCCCAGAUUGACCAGGUGUUUGGAGACCAGGGGGGGCACUGAGCAGCUCCCCUGGGCAGCACAAACCCGGACAAAUGCAGCCCACCCUGGAGGCUGCUGUCAGGGACCACAGGAUCCCUUCCUACCACCUUUGCAAAGCACUCCGCUCUUGAUUCACAGCACAGCUGAAUGGCAAUGAGAUGCUUUAUGCUUCCGGGAUCAAUUUCCUGCCAGCUGCCCCUGAAAUAACCUUUAAUAGGAGACUUUGAGGACCAUUCCAGGCAAGGGCAUAUCUGCGCCCUUCAAUGGUUAAUUGUUAUUAAAGGAGCUUCUCAAAACACAGAUGCCACCCUUCAAGGCUCAGCCAUUUACAUGGGGUCCUGGUGUCCCAGACACACUCACACACACACCAGUGAGGGAGGCUUCAGGAUGGCCAGGCAAGCUGGGGCUCUGCCUAGAAGGCCUGCCAAGGACUCUCACGAGCCAGGGACAUCCCAGGUUCCGUGCAUCCACUUUCAAAACAGAACACAAAACUGUAAAUGCAAAAUUAGGUACAAACUGGAAUAGUUAUUUACAAGGAGAAAAGAAUGCAUAGCUAAUUGCAAACCUUUAAAGUCAGCGAAUACCAUAAGCCUGCAAAGUCCAUAGAAAUGACCGUUUUUUUCUUUAAAAGUUUUUCGUAUAUUCUUUACCUGCAUAAUCUGAUUGCUUCUUCCUUGCAACAAUGAUUUUGUGAUAUCAUUGCCUGUAGAAAGAAUUAAAAAAUAAAAUUUGUUGCUUCUUA